GGGGAAUCGAUCCCGGAUCUAAGGAGUGACGGGCGAACGCUUUAACCUCGGGACUACUCAACCGAGUAUUACAGAAAAGGAUGCCAGCUGUGAGAGACAGAGGAUUGAUCUUCAUCACCGCAGUAGCAUGUUUGUUUAUCUGCAUCCUGUUCCAUGCACAAGGUGUUCCUGAGCUGAUAUGUCCCCCUGGAAUAAUUGAGAUUGGAACCUCAGCUGUACUCAUCUGUUCUUCAUCUACUGCCAAUGCCACCCUUCAAUUCACUGACCCUAAUGGAACUCCGAUUCAGUGUGACCCGAAAACAUCAUUUUGUCCCAAAAUUCCGGGUUAUAAUGCUUCAGUACUGAACGAAACUCAGACGCAAUUACAAGUAAACAAGGUCAAGCCAAGCCACGGAGGUAACUGGACAUGCAAGGAACUUGGUCAACCCAAUGACAACAAAGACGGAUGCUCCAUCACUGUCAGACAGAAUCCAUCGUGCAACAUAAAAAGUGACAGAGACGCCACAACACUUCAGGUACACGAGACCAUAUCCCUCACAGUGGAAAGUUUUGGCUUUUACUGUUCUGCGGAAAACAAUUUCACGCUCCAGACGGGGAGUGUCAGAGAAUUCCUGGAUACAAGAACACAUAUGCACACGACAAAUGCAACCAAUGGAAACGCAAAGGUUCCAAUAGAACUGAUCAUAACGGAAUCGCAUUUUGGUGAAGUUAGGCUGAUAUUUCUUUGUCAUAAUGAAGAAAUAAACAUGACAUGUCGUGGUACUGAACGCUUUAAAGGAGGAAAAGGUUUCCUAGUUCCAGUUGUCCUGGGAACUGUCAGCAUCCUUAUCAUCAUCAGCAGCAUCCUGAUCUGUAUUGUGAAGAGAAACAGGAAGGCAUUGCGUCCCUCCCUCGAGCACCAUAACACCGCAGAUGACGUGAGUGAAGGGGAUUCGAUCGAGUUAUAUGAGGAUCCAAGUGUUUCAUUGCGUGAUGAGGCCCUCACUGGGGCGCUGAGAAAUGUUGGUGAAGAUGACGGAGCGUAUUUAACGAUACAGGUGCUUGGCCAACAAGUAUAGAUUGUUACCAAGCUGAACUGAAAUCUGUGAAGUCUACGUGAGAGAAACACUAAUUAUUGAAUUAAAUAUUGUAAUAAAAUGAUCCAGCAACACCAUGGGGUCCCACUCGCUGUAGUUUGAUCAAUAAAACUAAUCUACAUAUGUCCGCAAACAUUACUUCCCCAUUGUGAUUGUGAUUAUGACUUGUACACAUUUCAGUGAGUUAGGCUUACCUCUGUGGAUCUGUACAUCUGCCACUCUAUGUACAAUGCUUACUAUAUAGUGGUCAUAUACAUGGCUGCAGUCACUGUUUUUAUAUAAAUAAAUAUAUAUGAAUAAAUUUGAUAAAUCAGUGCUUUUUC